AUACCGAUGAGAAAAAGUGCAAAAACAAAAUAAAACGAAUGUCAACAACAGAUUGUUCCGCGGUAAAUUAUAAAAUUUUACGCGUAAAAUGCUUCGGAACGCUCCGCUAUCAGCUGUUCUCAACGAGGAAGUGGCCUUAGAAGGUCUGGAGGGCACAACUUUCGAUACUCUAUGGAAUCGCUUGUCGAUUCGUCUGAAGAUAAAGCUUCCGGUUCCGGAGAAGUUCUGCCAUAGCAUAUGGUCAUUGGUUCUGCUGAGUAAUGAAUACAUGUUCUACCAGCUUCCGGAACCGCGCAAAUCUUUUGUUUAUUUCGAUCGAAUGGAACAAGUUGAUCCGGCAACCGGAGUCAUGAAGGAGCCCCGAGAGUUUCCCGGGCACCGAUUCAAGUACAAUCCUAUCAUGAUAAGCGGAAUUAGGGGUUCUUGUGAGUCCUUUCAUAACCGGCAAGUCGUUUCCCGCGAGGAAUUGGCCACAAUGACAUACCAGGAUGUUGAGAAUAGGUGGCCUAAUGCAUUCGCAAUUGUGGCUUCUCAGAAAAUGCGAGAAUCAUUUAUCAUUGAACCCAACUGUACUGCUGAGUUGACUAUAAUCCAAUAUUGUAUGCUGGAGUGGAUUGGUCGGUCUCGUUUCAAUGGAGAAACCUCUCAAGGCAAAUAUUCUUUGGUAGAACUUACGAAGGACUCCAGCAUUCUUUAUUACAACAGAAAAUUUCUAACCGAUUGCAAGUUGAUAACCCGCCAAGCUCUCUGUCAAAGGACUGGUGACACCAGUAUUCAGGGAAUGGUUUUCCAUUUACCUCGAUACUAUUGUGAGAUGAAACCAAAGGCAUUGGUUAUAACUGAAAAAGUGGUCAACAUUUUGAAAAAUCGCCAAAAUUUUAUGGCAGAUUACGAUGAGAUUAAAAUACUCGUUUUGGGUCGAUCUGAAGCACGAAAAUGGUUUCGUGGUAAUGAAUUUACUAAAUUCGUUAGAACUGACGAAAGUGUUUCAUACCGUACGCUCUAUCCCGAUGCGGACCCCCGUGAAUACAUGCUGAAGAAUAAGAAGAACGAAGAGAAACAAAUCCGUAUUAUGAGACUGGUUGACCCAAACGCCGAUGUGUACGAUCUCUGGUACAAGGAGGAGCAAACGGAAGAGGAUCAGAAGGAUGGAUUUUUGGAUUCCCAGAAGGCGUACAUUGAUGUGCCCUUGCUGCAGCAGGCGUACAACAUGAUCGCACAUUCAAGCGAACAGGGCAUUUCGCAGUCCUCGCUAGCUGUUAAGAUGGGAUUGGACCGUUUGAAUGCGCGUGCUUUGGUGAAAAAUUUGAUGCGCAUCAAAGCCAUCCAGGGAAGCGCCGUGGACGAGGGCCGACAACGGACGACAAAAUACUUCAUCCCGGGGAUGACUCAACGAACCAUCACACUCGACAAAGAAAUAACCCAGCUAAUGAGCAGCCACCACUCGAUCUCCGCGAACGCCCAGGACCAACAGCCGCAGCAGUCUUCACAAGGUCAGCAAGCAGAGCUAUUUCCAGCUCAGCUACCAUCAACACCAGCAGCAUCCACUUCCAGCGUGCUUAACUUCAGUGAAUCGAGCAACUUCAGUACGUCAAUGGACCAGGACGACAUGGACGAUGACGAAGAAGAAAAGUUCAGAAUGGCUCCGAACUUGUACGCAACGACCAACAGCACGAUGCUGGAUUCGAUUGAUGUUCAGAUCAACUUAUGUGACGAGGUUAGCGGAAUUAAAGUGCCGGGUGGCAUUUCUGCCAUGAUGAACACCAAACACAUCAGUGCGAAGGUACUCAAACGGUGCAACAUGAUAUUGGAGCUGGUGAAGAAGUUCACCGUGAUCGAGCCACGAGAAGUGCUCAAGAAAAUUGCCCGUUUCGAAAAAGAGUUGGGCUACAAAGCAGAGGCAUGCCAAAAAUCGGUUCUGCGGCUAAUUGCCAAACUGGGAAUGGAUAAGUACCUGAAAAUCGCUAAUGUUAGGCUGGCUAAGGAUGAGAGAGUCGCAAAUGUGGUGUACGCCUGUGACCUGACGGUGGACGUGAAUAGUCCGAUCCUGAAGGGAAAGAUCGAAGCGGCGAAGGCCAGAAUGAUGAUGUCGGUUGUAGGCCAACACAGCGUGCGGAAGUUUCCGAACGAAAAUGAACCAUUGUCUGCGGUUGUCGGAACAAGCUACGAGGGGACGCUUGCCAAGUGUUUGAGGAUGAAGCUAUUCCAUGAAUUUGUGUACUAUUUGAUUUACCAGUUCCCGUCAGAUGCAGCACCACUACAAGCUGAGGAAUUGGAUGUUUUGGAUUUGAGUACCGUUGGAGAAGAGAUUGGUCCGAUAUACAGUGUGGAUGGGUGGAAACUAUUCAUCCCGCCUUUGAAUAUGUAUGAGAGCUACGGACAAGGGUGGGCGUUGUUAACGGACAUUACUCUUCGACUGCCGCUGUCGAUAUUUUGCCAGAUAUGCACUUUUGGAUUCUACACGAAAGAACUGGACCAUUGGUUGAAUCAUCCGAUUCGACAGCACAUGCUUGUAAAACAGCUACCGAAAGGGAUUCGGCUGCAGCUGUUCCGCAAGAGGAAAUAUAUUUUCAACAUCUUCGAACUGUGCCAGAAACUGUGUUACGCCGGUUUGAUUCAGUUUGGUCCGCAGAGGCUGAAGGAUCGCGACCAGACUUUCAUUUACGUCAACAGACACGCAUCAUUGCUGGACACUAGAGAAUCAGCUAUUGGAUACCACGAGAUCGAGGAGAAGGAAUAUCCGUGGGAGUCAUUUACGUUUGCUACUUUGGAUGAUGUGCAAAACUAUUGGGAAAAUUUAUACAAAAUCGCUGUUGGUACUCGACUAAACAGGAGAAGCGUGGCGUUUGGUAAGGAAAUUAUGGUACAGCAGCUGCAACUUAAGCCGGACAUUGUGGAAGCGUGCAAGGCUCGGACUCCGGAGCAGGCUAUUGCAAAUGAUGUAUUCAGGUUGCCGCCGGGUGACAACCGUGGUGCAGCAGGAAUGGAUACCGCAAUGUUUGUUCAUUUGAAAGCCAACUGGAGCAAAGUGAUGAACUAUGCCCCUGCUUUAAAGAGCCAAAUAGCCAAACUAAAACGAUUGAAGAAUCUGAGAAAGAUCUCAACCAUGCACAAACCAGCCCAAACUAGUAAAAAUAUGAACACCAAAAGGAUACCUGUGCUGAAGGAGAAGAAAUUAUGUCUCAAGACUAAACUAUCCGUGAAGCCAUUCGCUUCUACUUUCAAGCGGUUGGCUGAGAAAAAAUACACCAUCAAAGUUCGUCGAAUUGAAAAGCGUACAAGAGGAGGCCCUCGGAAGAGGAACAUCUAUGAUGAUGUCGACCGCACGGCGUUGAAAUUGAUGAAAAAAUUAAGAGUAGAUUGGAAUCGGAAUGAAGAUACCGUACUCUUGCUUUGCCGUAUUGCAUUGAAGUACAUGUACGGAGAAAACACCAAAAUGAACAGUAUUAUCAAUUCGGUCCUUUAUCGGGACAUCCUUCACUGGACCAUUCCGGAGUCAUGCAACAAAACCGCCCGUUCUUGUCAGCGGAGGAUUAAUUACAUGGUAAAACGCAAAAGUGGAGUGGCUGCGAAUGUAAAGCUCUGCGUUGAGGAAGCUCGACUGAAUCCACUCCUGGAGGAGCGGUUUGGAAAACAUUUCGUAGUUCGCCUAAAAUCGGUAUAUCCCACAGGGGAGAAGUACGCCAUGGCUCUUAAAAUUCAUUUUAUUGAGCUGGUCUUUAUGUUGCGAAGUACGCUUACCAAGUUGAAGAUGCAUGAAGGUCUCCGUCCGAUUGAAGGCGCAAACGUGUCCUCUGCAAAACGUCAGUUCAUUCCGGAUACAGUUGCUGAAUUCGAACAAGGCUACAAUAUGCUGCAAACACACGACUUCGACACAACAGAAGAAAUCAACUUUAGCUCAAACCCAACCACUCAUGAGGAAAUUAUAACAUACAAAUUGGCCACCCUUAUCCACAGCGCCGUAGUGAAUGCUAGAGCGAGAACAUCCUUCAGCGUUCAACUCUUCAACAUUUACAAAAAUUACUCCGAAAAGCACCUUUCGGCAGCGAUGAAAAUGGUUCGCCUUUUCCGACUUAUCUCUCUGUCCCGCAAACUGAAAGCUGGAUCAAGUAUCCAAAGCAGCUUAAUGCCAUCUUCCGUGGGGGAUAACCCUUAUCACAUUUCCAUUUCGUAUCUAAAUCAAAUCUCGACUAGGAUUCCUUUCGAAAUGUUCACAUACGUGUACAAUAAUUACAUUCAACUACUCGACCGUCCAAAUUACGACGAACCGCUGGUAUUCGAAGAUGGCAGCCAGGGAUUGGUGCUGCUACUGGGCGAACUUGCAACCACCAAUGUUAUCGAACUCGAGUUAGAAUCUCCCACCGAAUUUAUACGCAUGAACCCUGACCUCAGAAACACAGACCCCGAGCUCGCGCAAGACGAUUUCGGCAGUGGAUUCGCUGAAUUCGCGCUAUCCGCAGAACUCACAACGGUAGGCCCGGCUAAGCAUAUCAAAAACGAACCUCGUUCGGCCGCGAAGAUACGUUUCGAUACCUCCAGCGAUGUGUAUUUCAACUACGUAAUGCACCCAACCGAGAAGCUCAACAAAGUGCCAGCGGAAUAUUUGCACUUCUUCUGUGUUCUUAACAGCUUGAACGAAGGGGCCCUGCUUCGAGCGAUUAAAAUCGAUGAAACAUCCAACAUUUGCUCAACGCCUGACUGCAUAUUCCAAAGUAAGGAUCGGAACAUAGUUCAAAAAUGCGUUUCGAUUGCAUUAGGCAAUCGAGAUAUCAUUGAACGUAUCAAAGCGAUUCGAACUUCUCGUAUAGAUAUGACACCACUAUUAGUAAUCCGGGAAGAUAACAUCGCACAGUACUUUAUGAAAACCGUCAAGGAAUACAACAAGACUCGAGGAGAUUUUCAGAAGCGUGAUCUUGGUCGAAUUGCGGAGGGAAUCACGACACCCAUCAACAUGGUUGAUUUGGCAUACGAUAUCAUACAGUUCCAAAAUGUUCAGGAUUUUAACUGGUUAGAUCGCUACGAAGUAACCCACCUGGAGGACGGCAAUGGUUUACUGAUGGAUCCGGAAAAUGAUAAAACCGGCACCGACGAUCUGACCGAAAAAGUCUAUAAACUGCACAACUUCUACGUCGUGAACUAUCUGAAAAUAAGUAUCCGACUCCUCUAUCAAAACCCCGGCGACCUAAACCACCGAGUUACCUUAGACAAUCGCUCGAUACCCGCCGUGUUCCUUCCGCCAACGUUUAAUUAUCGACAGGACAUGCUAACCAAAAUGGCGAACGACACAUUGUGGCCCCCCCACGACGAGCUGAGACCCCUGUUGGAACAAGCUACUCCUUUGAUCCACAAGAACCAGCGUCUAUGGUCGAUUGCUUACUUCAUCGAAUGCAAAGCCGAACAAGGGGCCACCGCGCAACAGUUGGCCGCCAACUUCCCCGACCAUACCGCACUGGCAGACGACCUUAAAGUGUUGCUCAACUUCAAGUUCAUCCUGCGAACUGGCUUCCGGCAUGUCACCUAUGUCCACUGGCAGCACGUUAGUCCGUGGCUGCUGCGCACCACUUGCAUUGUGCGAGACGAUCCGCCCGUAAUGCGCAUCAAGCAGGAACCCGGCACCUCGCACCAGAAACGUGUAGACUCGGACAGUUAUCGAUCAACCGAUGACGAGGACGAUGAUGUGCUGGUAGAAAGCGCCGACAACGAGGAAAUGGGACCACCACCGAAAACCCGACGUGAUGAGCUGAAUCGGAGGAUUGCAGUGGUUGAGGAGAGGUACCGCUUCAAACCAAAGAAAAACCUAUCUCUAUCGAUGACACCAUGGAUAAAAAUUGGUGGAACGAUCAACCGCAAACUGCUGUACCGAUGGAUGACCACGUUGCUACUCUAUUGUAUGUCCCACCCGGGGGUGCAGCUGAACGUCAUCUAUGCUCGGUUCAACAUGAUGGCCCCGGUGCACAUGUAUUAUCUACUGGAGAUACUACAGGAGUUCGGCUGUCUGAAGAUGUACUCGAUGGAAGUAAGAAAAAAGAAAACACUGUUCUCCACUUAUCGACCGGUGAAAGUUGGUGUGGCCACUGAAUUUGACGGCGAUGAAUGCACAUACGUAGAAACCAGUGCAAACGCUCUCAGCACCUUAACCGCCCUCAUCGGAGACUACCCCAAAUUCCAGGAGGAAUUCUUAUCUCCUUUGAAAUCAAACGAGUAUCAGGAUGCGGAGCUAUCCGAUGAAUAGGGACGUGUCAUCGCAUUCCAAACUAAAAUGGUAAGUGAAAGUCAUGUUCAUUAUUUAAAUCGCAACCAUAAUUCGGAUUAUUUACGAGCCAACUUUGCUACACAAAAACCUACAAUUUUGAUAGCGGGGCGAGGUUCGUUGAUGUGAUACUGCUAAAAAAUAAAAUUAUUCAUGCGAUAAAA